CUUCUUGUAAUGGCGGAUUAUAUAACUAAUAGAAGGAAUUCCAAUACACAAUUAUUGCAAGAACUUGAAGCACUUAGCGAAACACUCUAUCAACCACCAUCACACACUACAACAACUCGAAGAACCGCCUCCCUUGUCUUGCCUAGAGAUUCGAUCCCUCCAAUCGAGUCCCUAACAGGUGGUGCUAAAAAUGACAACGAUAUUGAUAGUAUCGUUGUCAAUCCUAAGCCGAGAGCCAGGCGGAUGUCAUUAUCCCCCUGGCGUUCUCGGCCUAAACAGGACAUCCAGAGCGAGGACAAUAUACAACAACAAAGCAAUACCAGCACCAACACCAGCACCAGUAACACAAAGUUAGUUAAGAAAUUGGAUAGCAAAGGAUCUGAUUCGAACUCCGAGAAGAAAGGCUUGUGGAACUGGAAACCAAUUCGAGCUCUUGCUCACAUUGGUAAGCAAAAGUUGAGUUGUUUAUUCUCAGUUGAAGUCGUGACCGUUCAAGGACUACCAGCGUCCAUGAACGGUCUACGACUAUCUGUUUGUGUAAGAAAAAAAGAAACUAAAGAUGGAGCAGUACAAACUAUGCCAUCUAGAGUUUCACAAGGAGCUGCAGAUUUUGAAGAAACACUUUUUAUCAGGUGUCAUGUUUAUUAUACACCCGGGACGGGUACUAGUAAUGGAGGGGCUCGAUAUAAAUUCGAGCCCCGUCCAUUUUCCAUAUUUGUCUUUGCAGUUGAUGCAGAGGAACUUGAUUUUGGAAAAAACAUGGUUGAUUUGAGUGAAAUGAUUGAGGACUCAGUACAGAAGAGCUUUGAAGGAAAUCGAAUUCGCCAAUGGGAUACGAGUUAUACUCUAUCCGGGAAGGCGAAAGGAGGAGAGGUAGUUUUGAAAUUGGGAUUUCAGAUUAUGGAGAAGGAUGGUGGAGUUGGGAUUUAUAGCCAAGCUGAAGGGGGAACGAAAAACGCGAAGAGCUACUCAUCUUCAUUUGCUAGAAAGCAAUCGAAAACGUCUUUUAGCGUCCAGAGUCCAAGAAUGUCUAGUUUAAGUUCAGCUAAUUGGACUCCAUCACAAGCAGGAACAACAGCAAAUAUUCAAGGGAUUGAUGAGCUGAAUCUAGACGACGAGCCUGUAAAGGAGGAGCCAGAGUCGAAAGCAGAGGAUCUUGAUCUCCCUGAUUUCGAUAUUGUGGAUAAAGGAAUUGAAAUUCAAGAUAAAGGAGUUGAAAUGGAAGAUAAAGAUGAAGCAACAAAAGAAGUAGGAGAGGAUGAGGAAGAUGGAGACGAGCGAUCAGAAGGAAAUUCUGAUAAAAGAUCGGUAUCAUCUAGUCACGAGGUUGUUAAGGAAGUCGUGCACGAUCAAAUGCAUUUGACAAGAUUGUCAGCACUAGAUUCCAUUGCACAGCAAAUCAAAGCACUUGAAUCAAUGUUUAAAGAUGAAAACCAAGUUAAGAUGGAGGAGGAUGACUCUGAAUCCCAAAGGCUGGACGCGAAUGAGGAAACCGUGACAAGGGAAUUCCUCCAAAUGCUGGAAGAUCCAGGUGUUAGUCAGCUGAAGACGGAUAAUCAAGAAACCCCCGCGUUAAAGCUGCAAGGAGGAGGAGGAAAUGAAGAUAACGAAAAGAGAGAAUCGGGCAUAUUUAUACCUGAUCUUGCUAAGGGGUUAGGAUGUGUUGUUCAAACAAGAAAUGGUGGUUUUUUAGCAGCUAUGAAUCCUCUGAAUACUGCUGUUUUGAGAAAAGACACUCCGAAACUUGCAAUGCAGAUAUCAAAACCAUUUGUCCUUCCAUCUAUUCCGUCAUCUAUGAAUGGAUUCGAGUUGUUCCAGAGGAUGGCAGCUGUCGGACUAGAGGAAUUUACGUCCAAGAUCUUAUCGAUGAUGCCAAUGGAAGAGCUCGUGGGCAAGACAGCGGAGCAGAUAGCGUUUGAAGGCAUUGCUUCAGCAAUUAUUCAAGGGAGGAACAAAGAAGGAGGUGCCAGCUCAAGUGCUGCUGAAACAGUUGCAGUAGUGAAAUCAAUGGCAACAGCAAUGAACACGAGCAGGAACGAGAGGAUCUCUACGGGGAUAUGGAACAUCAGUGACAAACCGUUGACAGUGGAUGAGAUUCUUGCCUUCACACUGCAGAAAAUGGAGGCAAUGACAGUCGAAGCAUUGAAAAUUCAGGCAGAUAUACCGGAAGAAGAGGCUCCUUUCGACGUUUCAGCUAUCAAGAAAGAUGAUGAUGGUCACCCGUUGGACUCUGCUGUCCCACUCGAAGACUGGACGAAAGAUGACAAAAGUGAUAGUAUAAUGAUCUCAGUUGUGGUUCAACUGAGGGAUCCGUUGAGGCAAUUCGAGGCAGUUGGAGGACCUAUGAUAGCACUGGUUCAAGCAGUUCCUAUUGAUGAGGAAACUAACAACUUUGAUGAUGAGGAAGAGAAGUUUAAAAUCGCGUGUCUGGCUAUUGGAGGAUUGAAAGUCAGGAGAGGAGGGAGGAAGAACACGUGGGACACAGAAAAGCAGAAAUUGACAGCAAUGCAGUGGCUAGUAGCUUAUGGACUUGGUAAAAUGGGGAAGAAAGCAAAGAAAUCUUCACCACUAAAAGGCCAAGACUUGCUAUGGAGCAUAUCAUCGCGUGUAAUGGCAGAUAUGUGGCUGAAAUCGAUAAGAAAUCCGGAUAUCAAGUUCAUCAUGUAGACAGACAGACAGCAGCAAGGGUGGUGUAAAUCGUUUUUUCGUCAUUUUUU